AUGGAAUCAACACUUGUGUCAAGAACGCUUUACUUGGUUGACCCUGAGAGUAGUAACAAAUUUGUUCACUGUGACCGUCGUGGUAAAAUGAAGCUUGAAACCAAAUUGAAGAUCCCAUUGCGCAAUGUUGACAUGUUGCGUGCCGUUGUAGCUUGGAAAGCCCAAAAGGGUUGCCUCCCUAAAGGCAGUCCGGUUAAAAGGAAAUGCCGUGCCAAGUUUUACCCCCGAGAUUAUGUAUUCAACAUUGUGAAUUCAUGCAAUGGUUUCCUUUGCUUGUCUGAACUAAUAUACGACAAGCCUGUUGUUGUGUGUAAUCCAAUUACGGGCAGGUUGACAUUUCCCACCUAUCUCAAUGGAGGUCUUUAUUGGGUCUGCCAAGAUGGCAGAAGACCUGAUCAAAUAGUUUCUUUUAACUUCGAUGACGAGCUGUUCCAAUCAGUUCCCCUGCCUCCUCUUGAAAAUGGCACUAGUCUGUCCAUGGGAGUACUGGAAGGCUGUCUAUGCAUAAGUGACUGUUGA